AUGACGGAAUCUCCGGGCUCCCCCCUCUCCUCCAUUGCUUCCGACGACAUGUCGGAUCGCGACGACCUAAAGCAAGGCUUCUCCCCCUCGGGCUCCAACAUGCCUCCCUCUAAGCGUCGUCGCACUGGUGUUGCUUCUUGGGAUCGCAAUACUCCCGUCUCGACCACUUUCCAAGAUGACCUCCCUCCUCCUUCUCCCUCCACCUCCAUCUCGUCCGAUACCUCCGGCGACAUUCCCAAUUCUCCUAACACCCUCGCUCUCAUCGGAGGCAGUCAGGAUGAUGACUACAGCGGCCAAGGCAACGAUCAAGUCACCAUCUGUCGCUGGGAUGGAUGCGACGCCGGUGACCUAGGCAACAUGGACGGUCUCGUAAAGCACAUACAUGAAGAACAUGUCGGGAGCCGACAGAAGAAAUACUCCUGCGAAUGGUCCGAUUGCAGUCGGAAGGGCCAAACGCACGCAAGUGGCUAUGCGCUGCGCGCACACAUGAGAAGCCAUACGCGAGAAAAGCCCUUCUAUUGCGCUCUACCAGAAUGCGACCGCAGCUUCACUCGAUCAGAUGCCCUUGCCAAACACAUGAGAACUGUCCAUGAAACAGAGGCGCUUCGUCCCUCCGACCCCGUACCCAAACACCACAAUGUCGCUGCUUCGGCGGCAGGAACGCCGACCGCGACUCCGUCUGGCAAGAUCCAACGAUUGAAGCUGAAGCUAUCGUUUCCACCGAAGGACGAUGCAGGAGAUCAUAGCGAAAGUGCCAAUGAGGAGGGCGCAGGACUGGAGGACGAUCUUCACGUACCUCCUGGUGGGUUGGAGAAGGAAUUCGACACCUACGAGAUGCUGCUCGAAGGCCCGCAACUGUAUCGGUUGCUUCUGAGACAGAUCCAUUGGGCACAGCAGGAUGGCGCGGAGCUACGCGUCGCAUGGGAAAAGAUUCGCGUCAAGAGAAAGGAAUCUUGGAUGGAGAAGGAGGCGAUCUUCGAUGAUCUGAUGGAGGCCGAGGUACGAUUGUUCAAGCUCCUUGAUGAGAAAUUCAGCGUGUCCAAGUCUGCGCCGGCAAAUGGGACGGAUAAUCCGCCGCAGUCGGAGCAGCCAAUGGAGGUAGAUGUUGCACAAGACCAGGGGUCUGGAUCUGUUCCUCCAUGA